AUGGACUGGCAGCUGUUGGUGGACCUUGAACGGCAGCUGAAGUUCCCCAACCAUAUUGCAGGCACCACCCUGCGACCAGACAUUGUCCUUGUGUCUGAGUCUACCAAGCAAGCUGUGCUGCUGGAGCUGACAGUCCCAUGGGAAGAUCGCUUGGAAGAGGCCGUUGAAAGGAAGCUCUCCAAAUCAGUUGAAAAAUGGCUGGGCUGUGAACUCUCCUCUUUUCUCUUACUGAACAACCUCCUAGACCCCCACCAGUCCGGCUUCAGACCUGGCCACUCGACAGAGACCGCACUCCUCUCGGUCUCCGCUCGCAUCUCUGCUUGCCUGAGGGACAUCCAGAGCUGGAUGGAUAACCACCAUCUUAAGCUAAACCAAGGUAAGACAGAGAUGAUCUUCAUCCCUGCUCCAUCCUCUAACCUCCUUGACUUUUCCAUUUCCCUAGGGGACACCGUGAUGUCAUCAUCACCCACCGCAAAAAACCUCGGAGUGGUGAUGGACAACAGACUGUCCCUCUCCCAGAACAACACGGCGGUGAGUCGAACGUUCAGGUUCUUCCUGUACAACAUCCGGAGAACCCGCCCCUUCCUCACCAUCUACGCAACCCAGCUCCUGGUUCAAGCGAUGGUCCUGUCCCGCCUGGACUACUGCAACUCGCUGCUGGCUGGUCUGCCAGCAUCCGCCAUCAGACCCCUGCAGCUCAUCCAGAAUGCUGCAGCGCGUCUGGUCUACAACCUCCCCAGACAUUCCCAUGUCACCCCCCUGCUCACUGACCUCCACUGGGACCAGGAAGGAGGGGACAUUCGUUUCAGGGAGUAA